AUGGCUCCCUCAAAAAGGAAGGUGGCCGAUGUCAAUGACGAAACACCAUUGGUGGAAAAGCGGGACAACGGACGUUUCGAAAUUGACGAAAAGCGUCCUGCACACCGGCGCCUCCGAGAUCGAGCUAGGAACACGCUUCUUCGCCGGGCAAUCGACUUUGUCCCGGCCAUACUAUGUCUUGGAAGAAAUCCAAACGGAUAUGAGGUUGAUGAUGAAGCUCUCGCUGAAGAGCCGAUCGACGAAAAGGCGGAAACUGUUCGCAUAUUCCAAAUUAAUGACGAUCAUAGCUAUGCAUUCAAAAAACGUACGCUGAAGACGGUGCUCCUUGACGAAAGAUAUGCGGAUAAAAAGAUUUCGGUGAUAAGCAUCGCGGGCGCAUUUCGUAUGGGAAAAUCUUUUCUGCUGAAUUUCUUGGUCCGCUAUCUUAAGGCUAUGGAACUGAACGGCGGCGCUAAAAAUGAUGGUUGGCUAGAGGCUGACACGAAAUUAGACGUCUUUUCUUGGCGUGGUGGUGAAGAACGUCAUACAGACGGCAUUAUGAUUUGUCGUUGGCCGUUUAUUGUCAAAAACUCGAAGGGUGAAGAGGUCGUCGUUCUACUGAUGGAUACCCAAGGCACUUUCGAUACGCACUCAACCAUGCGUGAUUGUACCUUUAUUUUCGCAUUAUCUGCUCUGAUCAGCAGUGUCUUGAUCUUCAACCUGCGCGAGCCCAUUGGAGAAAAUGAUCUCGGAAAUCUCCAAUAUUUUACAGCAUUUGGGCUAAUGGCCAUGAAAGUGCAAGAGGGAGCUGACAAAUCAAAAAUCGAAAAAGAUUUUCUACCCUCCUUGACUGAGUUCUUGGAAAAUGUCCUGGACCCUGAGAAACUGGUGGUGAAGGAGAUCAAAGGAAGAGAAAUGACGUGUCGGGAGUUUGGCAAAUGCGUAGAAACCUCGGUGAAGGCCCUUCAAAACCCUAAUUUGCCAAAGGCUACACCACAUCUGGAGGCCUCUGUCGCGGGCCAGAACCUAGAAGCAGCUCGCGCCGCCUUGGCUUUGUAUAGCGUCGAGAUGAGCAAGAAGCGUGCCACGGCAAAAUCUUCGGAAGAGCUUGAGCUAGGUCAUAAGCAGUUCAGGAGAGCGGCAAUCAAUCAGUUCGAGGAUUAUCCGAAGAUGGGCAGUGCUGACGACAGCGCCCCAUAUCUCACGAGCCUGGAAGAGAACAUUGACGAAAAAUACAUGCUGCAGCGCGAGAUGUACGAACUUGAACAUCGCGGAUUGCAGUGGAGUGAUGUCCUUCAACCACUUGGGUUCCUGGCCCUCGCUGUGGUGGUUGCAGCAGGUGGAGCUACAGCGGUGUCCUGCCUCGGCUUGGCCGGCGUCGGCAUCGUUAUGCGCCCCGCCGCUCAAUUCGUGCUGAAGAUCAUGACUUCAUUUCUA